AUGGGUGAUAAUUUUGAAAUACCCAAAAUUCAUGUUACACUACCAAAAGAAGAGUCUGAAAAAAUUACAGAAAUUGGUAAUUGGGAAAAUAAUAAUAUAAAAAAUAUAAAUUUGGAAAAUAAUGAAAAAACUCGAAAGGCACUUUUAGGAGGUGUUGCAAUGAGGAAAGGAAAUUCCGAAAGGGGUGACUAUUUAAUACUAUCAACCAACGAUGAUACUAUUAAUAAAAAAAACAACACCAUUUUACUCGAGGAAGACGAAGAAGAAGAAAUAGAGGAAAAACCCUUAUUAUUGCCAACUACCUCCAAUAACUAUACAAAUAAUAAAAUACAAAUAGAUAAUAACAGUAAUAAUAAUUAUAUAAUAGAUAAAAAUAAUAUAAAUAAUAAUAAUAUUAUUGCGUCCUCUUAUCCUACUACUUAUAAUAAUAACAAUAAUAAUAUGACUGGCAUAAACGAUAAUAAUAGUGAAAAUGAUAGUAAUAAUAAUAAUAAUAGCGAAAAUAAUUUGGGUGGAAUAACGAUAGAUAAAACGAAUACAGAUUUACUAACAAUACAUAAUAAUAAUAUAAAACCAAAUUUUAAAAAGAAUAUAUUAACUCAAUUAAAACAAACUAUAGUGGCUGGUACCGGAUUUUUAUGUGAUGCAUAUGAUUUAUUUGUAAUUAAUUUAGUAUUAGUUAUAUUACAAAAACUUUAUAAAGAAUCAAGUGGUGAUUCAUCGAUGGUAUCCACUGGUGCAUUAUGGGGAGCAGUUGGUGGUCAAAUUGUUUUUGGAUUUUUAGCAGAUAGAAUUGGUAGAAAGAUAGGGUUUAUUAUAACGUUAUCAUUUAUUAUUGUUGGGGCAUUUGCAAGUGCAGUUUCAUUUGACAAGGCAGCAUUGAAUAUUUUUGGUAUGUUGACAUUGUGGAGAACCAUUUUGGGUUUCGGUAUUGGUGGUGAGUAUCCAUUGUCGGCCACAAUCUCCAGUGAGAGUAGUAGCAGUGAUAGAAAGCGUGGUUCUCAAGUGGCCUCAGUGUUUAGUAUGCAAGGUUUGGGUAUAAUUCUAUCGCCAGUGGUUGUUAUAGUGCUCUUGAAAAUCUGUGGUUCAAAUCAUAUUGAUUUAGUGUGGAGAUUGGCAUUGGGGUUCGGCGGCAUACCAGGUUUGGUGAUGAUUUACUUUAGAAUUAAAAUGAAAGAGACUAAAAGCUUUUCAAAUAAAGCAAAGAUUCAAAAGAAACAAAUGUUUUUAUCAAUUAUGAAAUAUUGGAAGACUUUAGCGGGUACUGCCGGUGGUUGGUUCAUUUUCGAUAUCACAUUCUAUGCUAAUGGUCUUUUCAAUGGCACUAUUGUGUCUUUGAUUGGUUUCGAUGAUGCUAGCAAUACUUAUGAUGAGAUUUGGAAUACAACUUUGGUUUCACUCUAUCUUGCACUCAUUGGUUUGCCAGGCUAUUUCGUUGGUAUCGCAUUGAUUGACCGUUUGGGAAGAAAGAAGUUACAAAUGUUGGGUUUCGCUCUACUAGGUAUAACCUAUAUGGUGAUGGGUAUAAGUUAUGAUCAUAUCGUAAAGAUUAAAGCUUUGUUCAUUGUACUCUAUGGUUUAACUUUCUUUUUCGGUAAUGCUGGUCCAAAUACUACAACUUUUGUAUUGCCUUCAGAAUCUUUCCCAACUAAAAUUCGUGCAACUUGUCAUGGUUUAUCUGCUGCUGCCGGUAAAAUUGGUGCUGUAAUCGGUGGUGCAACAAUCAAACCUUUAUUUACAAACUAUGGAUUAGGUAAAACUUUAAUCGUUUGUGGUGCUAUUGCUUUCGUUGGUUUAAUUCUUACCUUUUUAAUAGUUGAAGAAACAAUGGGUAAACCAAUCAUUGAAGAUGAAGAUAUUCAAUUAGAUAAUAUCUCUGAUGAUCCAUCUUUACGUGAAUCAACUGGUAGUUCAAGUUCUGGUGUUGAGGAUAAUAUUGAUAAUAAUAAUAAUAAUAAUAAUACUAUUACAAAUCCAAUUGAAAGUAAUUAA